CAUAGCACGUACAGUGUGUGGUGCAGAUAUCAAGUAUUGAGGCUUUUCUUCUAAUAUAUAUAAAAGAUGGCCACACCAAUACAUCAAUUUGCCUCACAACGAACAACGCUCUAUAACUCGAAAGUUCUAUUUAAUACUAUAAAAAUCAUGAAGAACCUAGAAUUUAUCUGAACCACGCUAUGCGUUUGUGCAGUGAAUUUACGUGUAGCGUGUGGUUGCUUAUAAGCCUUUACCCGGCAAAACUGCGGAGGGGCUAGGUAUGACAUAUAGGUUGACCGAAUCCUCCGCCCCCUCUCCCUCGUCGUUCCUCUUCCACUCUCCAUUCAUCCACCACAAUGUCGAGCACCGUUCAUAUCUCCUCUAAGGAGCAGUUCAGCACCCUGCUGACGAAGUCUCGCUUUGUUGUCGCGGACUUCUACGCAGACUGGUGCGGACCAUGCAACGCCAUCGCCCCUGCUUACGAGCAGCUGGCAGCACAGCUGUCACGCCCGAACCGAAUCACCUUCACUAAGAUCAACGUCGAUCACCAACAGGACCUUGCUAAGGCCUACGGAGUUACAGCCAUGCCGACCUUCAUCGUCUUCGAGCGCGGCCGUCCAACCUCCACCGUCAAAGGUGCCGACCCCAAGAAGCUGUCGGACGUGGUCCGCAAACUCGCAUCCGAGGCCAGCAAACCCGACGAGGGCGGCGAGGGCUCAUCAGGCAGCUCCGACGCAGACUGGACCGGACUGGCCGCCCCAAAAGGCUACGCCGACAUCACGGACCAGUACGAUCCCAAGGGCCUGGAACUGCUGAACCGAGAUAGCGAGUUCGGAACGGUGAAGACACUCUUCGAAACCUCGAAGCCGUCGGCGCUGAAUAACGGCAAGGGAAAGGCUAAGGAUUGGGUCGAGAGUGAUACCGAUGAACAGCUUAUGCUCUUUGUUCCGUUCCAGUCGACGCUCAAGGUGCAUUCGUUGCAGAUUACUUCGUUGCCUCCUAGUGAUGGUGACGAUGAUGAGGUUCCCAUGCGCCCGCAGACGAUCCAUCUCUAUACGAACCGCUCGCAUGUUCUGGGCUUUGACGAGGCGGAUGGCAUCGAUCCUGUGCAGACGGUGACUAUCCAGCCUGAGGACUGGGAUGAGAAAACCGGAACGGCCAAGAUUGACUUGCGGUUUGUCAAGUUCCAGAGGGUUACAUCGCUGGUUAUGUUCUUUGUGGAUGGGGAUGGGGACAGCGACAAGCUGCGCCUGGACCGUAUCCGUAUCUUUGGCGAGGCGGGUGAGAAGAGAGAGAUGGGUAAGUUGGAGAAGAUUGGUGAUGAGCCUGGCGAAUAAGCGAUAGACUGGAUAUUAUAAGGAUACCUUAGACGGAUUACGAU